GUGUUGUCAGGUUCAACGACGGGCAGGCUUCUCGAGUGGGGUUCGCGGCAUUCUCGGGCUGUGAGAGAAACCAGGUGGACGUGGCCGUCGUUGUUCUGGCGCGGGCUGGCCGCGGUCAGAGCAGGGACACAGAAGGCCGCGAGAGCGCAACGGCGAACCCGUGUACGGCGUCCACCGCGAAAGCCAACAUACAGAAGCCCAUUAUGGAGGGCGUGACCGCCAAGCCAGGUCGUGACCUAGCACUGCGUAUCCUUCCGGGAGAUCUCUUGGCACCGGUGCGCGUCAUCCGAGAGUCUGAUGGGCGCGCAUUGCGCUUCCUGCGGACUGCGUGUGAAGAGCCCGAAGUGCGGGAGACUUCGGAGUUGGAUUUCGCGCCCAAAGAGCUGCACGCGCAUCUUUGGAGAGCGCGGGGGGAAACGGCCCCAAUGCUGCGGGUCAUGAAAGAGGAGUGGGUUCGUGAGUGGGGAGGGUGGAGUGUCGCGCAGAAGGAGCUGCUGAGUGCCCACGCCGUGGAAGAUCGGUGCCGCGUGAUGGAGGACCGCACGGUGAAAUUCAUAGAGUUUCUGAUGCGGGCGGUGAUAUUCAAUGCAAAGACCGACGAAGAACGGGCCGAAGAAAUUGCCGAAACAGGUGAGAUCAUGAGAUUCGCGUUGUCACGGUGCCGGGCGGCGGGGGUAGCGCUGGCCGACAAGAUCAUCGUCCGCACGUACUCCCGCUUUGACGGGCUCCUGUGGGCGCACGGAGAGGGCGAUUCCAUUUCGUUUACUCGAGCGGAGCUCGAGGGGAAAAGGCCAGCUCUCGGUGUAUGGCCGUGCGUCGAGCAUGUGCGCGCUGAGGGCGAAAUUGCCAUGCUCGAGGUAUGCAAUCACACUGGGGCCGACAUUGCGAACGCGACGUACAAACCAGCAUGGCCAAUCGCGGGAAUAGCUUCGCCGACGGCCGCGCCGUGGAUGAUGCGCGCUAACUCUCGAAACGGAGCCGUGGGUUGUGGCCAGAUGACCGAGGGCAACGAUGCCGACACGAGAGCCAAGCGCCCGCGGAUUACGGGGAAGACGAAGGCACGUGACCCCGCAGCGCCGGGGGCCGGCGGCCCCACCGACUCGGGCGGCACACCGGUGGCAUCGAGCGCCGUCACGGGCAUCAGCGCGGCACAGGAGGAUGACGGCGAG